CGAACCCAGUGUAUUUUGCUCACCCAAGUCGUCGGACGGGUAAUCUGCCAGCGAUUGAAAUUUGGUCGAAAAUAAGGUUGAAAAUACGUUUCAAAAUGUCCGAAUUGUGUCGCAGCGUGAAGUUAAAGUGUUCAGAAAGGGAGUUUUCCUAAAUUUGUUCCCCGAUUGUGGAGUAAUACGCGAGAAAAGGUGUUUUUUUGGUAGGCUGCUCUGAGGAAAGAAAAAUCAUUGAAUCCCCCACGAGUAAAGAGAUGGUGCAGUGUGUGGAUCGAAGAGAGAGUGUUCAAGAAUAAGCAAACGAAGGAAAAAAGCACCAUAACUAGAGAUACGAGACGACGACGACGAGCAGCGAUUGUUUUUUGCCACACGAAGAAUCAUCGUAAGCACCAUUUUGCCCAUCGAAAAAAAAAAAAUUGCUGCUAAAAGAAAAUGCAAAAUUGCAAGUGAUAAGCCUGCCGCGAUGCGAGAGCUUGACAACAAGCGAUGAGUGCUGUUUUUUUUUAACACAAUGCGAUAAAAUUUAAUAUUCGCCUGCUUAUUUCGGGGUUUUGGUAAAUCGUGUGGCGCACCGAUCGCAGUCGGCCAGUGUGAAGAUAAAAAGUAUAAAGUAGGCUGACAGUCGUGUCUUGUGUGGAGGGCGGAUGAUGGAAAAAAUGUGAUGUGAAACGAAGAAGGAGCGCCAUUACGAUGUCUGGGAUUUCUCGGUGGCGUAUUGAGAGAAGCGCAGACGUAGAUUUUCCUACUUGGUUAUCAGCCGACCGUGUGAUUGUCCAAAUUCCAGGUCCAAAGCUCUUUCAAGCUCUUUCAAAACAAGAGCGUGUGAUGAAACAAUAGAUAUCGAUUGCAGCAAUAAUACGAGAAGAGAACCAAACAUCUGUUGCAAAAGCAGCAAAAACACAAUGAGAAACAACCCCGACGAGUGUUGAUUUAGUGACAAAAAAAAAGUUAAAUAGAAGUGCCCCAAACACUUGUGUGCCGUGUGCUUAGAAGAGUGCAAAGUACCGUUAUUCAAAGUUCCGAAAACAACAAAGUGGCAUUUCUGCUUGCUGUGUUCAAACGGGGGCCUAUCGGUAAACAGGUUGUUUUUGUUACGAAUGUGCAAAUAAUACGCGGCGGCAGCGAAACUGGAAGAACACAACAGCUCGAGACAAUAACAACAUUUCGCGCGCCUCGGGAGAAAGCGGUUCGCUUUAGUCGUCUACUGGACUAACGAUCCGGAAAAGCACACCGUCAGUACAGGAAAAGCGCUGCAAUCUAUUGCAUUGUUUGAGGGAGAAAAAAAUCCGACAAAAGUACGUCGCUUCGUACUUCAAUGUGAAGAUUGUAAAAUUAUGUGGAUAUUAUUGUAAUGGUGAAUGGUUCAAUUGUACAGAAGAGAAAAAAGAAGUUAAUUAUCGAUUAAGUAAUCCAGUUGGUGCUACAACAGUACGGUGCUGAACAGUGGAGCAAGAUGGUAAUGAUGUUCAACUACGAUUACUGGGCGAACCCGGAGGAGCACGCCGACAUAACGUUCUUUCUGCCAAACGGUGUGCUCAUCAUACUGAAUUAUUCAAUUUACACAACACUGCAGGAUCUUAAGGCGGAUGUCUGGGAAGAGGCCGAGCGCUACCCACUGUACUGUCACCUCGGUGACAAGUCGAUGUACUUCUUCAGUACGAUAUCGAGCGCCAACAACAACAGCUACGAGCUGAACGAUGAGUCCAAACGGCUGAUCGACAUCCAGCCUGUGUUCAACAUGUUCCGCUUCGUGGAGAAGCAGGUUUCCGUGAACAACAAGCUCAUCAACAACAUCACCAAUCUGCUGGGGAAAACCCUGUCGGAAAAGACCCUGAAAAAUCCGGAGGUCAACGACUUUCGCACCAAAAUGAGCUACCUGUGCGAGGACAUUGCCAACAAGCGCGCCAACAUGAAUCGGAUGCAGCGGAUAGCCUAUCAGUAUCCUCCCAAGUUGGUCAGCUGUGAGCACAUACCGGAGGUGGUGAAGAAACGCAUGAUCAACGGUGGGGACUUUUGCGUGGUGGCCAGAUGUUCCGAUAUUGCUGUCACCGUAAAGAUUCCCUGCAAAGCAACGCCGAACGAAGUGAUAAAGCGCAUUUUGGAUAAGAAGCAAAUCCUGGCGAAUACGCGAAAUGAGAACAGUUCGGAGUUUAUAUUGAAGGUUUGUGGCCGGGAGGAAUAUCUGUUCGGUGAUCACCCGAUUAUCAACUUCCAGUACGUUCAGGAUUCGUUGUCCCGCGAAGAAACGCCAACAUUUGUUCCCAAGUUACUUCGCAAUGUGGAUAUUUUCGAAGAUAAUAUUUACGAAAUCCCGGAGGAUAUAACCCAAAGGACAAACAGUACCGGCAGUAGGCAACCUGCGCACACUUUGCGGAAGGUGAAAUACGUUCCUAGCUGGGAUACGGAAGGCACAUUCAUGUGCAUGGUGAAAGAAAUCAACGCCCUGAACUGUGACUCGAAUCGCAAUGUGGAGGUUGGCAUCACGCUCGGGUUGUUUCACGGAGGAAAAUCUCUUUGUAAACCGAUGAAAACGGAAUUGGUGGCGCUAAAUGGAGGUCGUGCGGUGUGGAAUGAAACGAUAGUUUUCGAUAUUGAUGUAAAAAAUGUUCCUAGGAUGGCGCGGUUAUGUUUAGUAAUUUAUGAACUGGUCAGGACGGCGAAGGGUUCCGGCGUGAGGGCCCGCCGCACCAAGGAUGGGUUUAUGAAUCCCAUCGCUUGGGUGAACACCAUGCUGUACGAUUACAAAAGUCAGCUCAAAUCCGGCCCGGUAACGUUGUACACGUGGACCUAUGCGGAAGAUUUGCAAUCGGAGGACGUGCUGCAUCCACUCGGUACAGUGGAACCGAACCCGCGACGGGACGAAUGUUCCUCGAUAAUUUUAAGUUUUCACAGCUACUACAAUGAACACAAGAUCGUGGUGUAUCCUUCGGAGGAGCAGCUGCUGGACCAUGCCAGCAAGAUGCGAAAGAUCAAUAGGCAUUUAAACCGUGACAGUGCGGAGGAGGUGCGACCUAUCAAGGAGAUUCUGCUGCCGUACAUGCACAACGAUAAGCUGAACGAUAUGCACGAACAGGAUCGUAAUGCGAUUUGGGCGAAGCGGAGAGAGUGCAUGACGCUGGAACCGGACGGGUUGCCGUGUUUGCUCUACUGCGUGGAGUGGAACGACAGGAAUGAGGUAGCAGAAAUUGUGUCCCUGCUGCAAGAGUGGCCCAUCCUUCCGGUGGAGCGUGCCCUCGAGCUGCUCGACUACGCCUACGCCGACCAGUACGUCCGGCGCUAUGCCGUCAAGUGUCUGCGCACCAUCCAAGACGACGAACUACUCCUCUACCUGCUGCAGCUGGUGCAAGCCAUGAAGCACGAAUCCUACAUCUACAGCGAUCUGGUAGAUUUCCUCCUGCAGCGAUCCCUCAACAACCAGCACAUUGGGCACUUCUUCUUCUGGCAUUUACGAUCGGAAAUCCUGGUUCCCUCGGUCCAAGUGCGGUUCAGCCUUAUCCUCGAAGCAUACUUGAAGGGCAGUCAGGAGCAUAUAUCGAUACUGCUGAAGCAAAUGCAGUGUUUGCGGAAGCUCCAGCAUGGGUCCGAGUUGGUCAAGAAAGGCAACAAGGAAAAGGGGAAAUCUCUGCUGAUGGACUACCUUCAGGACAAACCCGUCGGCGAUGCGUUGUCCGACGUAAUAAGUCCGCUUAAUCCUAGCUUUCGCUGUAAGACCGUUCGCAAAGAAAAGUGCAAAGUGAUGGAUUCCAAGAUGCGACCCCUAUGGAUUGUGUACCAAAAUUCCGAUAGCAAUGGCGACGAUAUUAACAUGAUUUUCAAAAACGGCGAUGAUCUCCGGCAGGACAUGCUGACGCUACAAAUGCUUCGAAUUAUGGAUCGAAUAUGGAAAAGUCACGGGUAUGAUUUCCGAAUGAAUCCCUACAGUUGCAUAAGCACCGACCGGCGGUUAGGCAUCAUCGAGGUGGUGCUCAAUGCGGAAACCAUUGCCAACAUCCAGAAGGAACGAGGGAUGUUCUCGGCCACUUCGCCGUUCAAGAAGGGAUCGCUUCUGACGUGGCUCAAGGAACACAACACCACGGAGGAAAUGCUAGCGAAAGCAAUACAGGAAUUCACGCUCAGCUGUGCCGGGUACUGUGUGGCAACUUACGUGCUGGGGGUGGCCGAUCGGCAUUCCGAUAAUAUCAUGGUGAAAAAGACUGGUCAGCUGUUCCACAUCGACUUCGGUCACAUAUUGGGCCAUUUCAAGGAGAAGUUCGGUUUUAGGCGCGAGCGAGUUCCGUUCGUGUUAACGCACGACUUUGUGUAUGUGAUCAACAAUGGACGGACCGAUCGGGAAGCUAAGGAGUUUCGACAGUUCCAGCAUCUUUGCGAAGAGGCAUUCCUAAUCCUACGAAAGCACGGAUGUCUAAUCCUGUCACUGUUCGCCAUGAUGAUCUCGACCGGUUUGCCGGAGCUGUCAUCGGAGAAGGAUCUCAACUAUCUGCGGGAAACUUUGGUACUGGAUCUGCCAGAGGAGGACGCCCGCACCCACUUCAAGUCCAAAUUCAGCGAAGCCCUGGCCAACUCGUGGAAAACGUCCCUCAACUGGGCCUCGCACAAUUUCUCCAAGAACAACAAACAGUGACAGUUGCGGUACAAUCUCACCAUGUAAAAUCCAAGCAGUACGGUGUAGGUUCUAGGAGCGGAUCGACCGUUUCCGGGGGAACCAUCAACCGUUGCGCUUUUCCGGAAAGGAUUGCGCUUGUCAUAGUACCUAUGUUAUGUGGAGUGCAGAUGCUAAUAAAACCAUGCAACCUCAGUA